UCUCAAUCAUCUUUAAUUUGAGCUUCCUGAACAUAUAUAAUGGCCUCAAAGCAAUCAACCCUGCUUCGCACCAUUUCUGUCUUCAUGUUUAUACUCUCAUUUCUUACCACCUCAUCCUCCUUAUCCCUAGGUCUCAUUUGCGACUACACACCAUACCCAUCCUUCUGCAAAUCCCAUGUCUCCGUUGACAAGAAUCAAACCAUAUUAGACUAUUGCAGGAUUUCUCUUAAUCAAUCCUUUUCAAGUGCUCAAAAUCUCCUCUCAUUAGUUGAAUAUUACCUGAAUCUUCCCUCGACCUCAUCUCUCUCUGCAACCCGAGCCCUCGAGGAUUGCCAACUUCUAGCCUCGUUGAACAUAGACUUUUUAUCAAACACCUUACAAACUAUCAAUUACCAGGACAAUCUAGACAGUUCCCAGGCAGAUGAUUACCUGUCCCUGCUUAGUGCCGCUGUGACAAAUCAAGAAACAUGUUUAGAUGGGCUCAAUGCCACCUCAUCAGCUGAAGAAAUCAAGAAUAAUCUCAUGCCUCUCCUCUCAAAUGGAACCAUGCUCCUUAGCAUGUCUCUUGCCUUCUUCAAGCUUGGUUGGGUUCACGACCAGGGCACAAAGCAGGGGAGAUGGCUGAAGGAGAACAUUUUAAACCGGGAUCAGGAAUUGCUUAAAUUCCUGAGGGGAAGAAAGUUGCUUCAGGAUGUUGGACAAACUGUGAAUGUGAGCAAAUUGGUUGUGGUGAAUCCUAAUGGAAGUGGGGAUUUUACUACAAUCAGUGCUGCAGUGACUGCAGCACCUGACGACUCUUCCAGGAGUCAGCAGUAUUUUGUGAUUCAUGUCAUUGCUGGUGUCUAUAAUGAGUAUGUUUCUAUACCCAACAACAAGCAGAAUCUGAUGAUGAUCGGAGAUGGUAUUAGCCGGACGGUAAUCACCGGUGAUCGCAGUGUGGCUGAUGGAUGGACUACUUUCAAUUCUGCGACAUUUGCUAUCGUUGGACAAGGCUUUGUUGCAGUGAACAUCACAUUCCGAAACACAGCCGGAGCAAUCAAGGGUCAAGCGGUGGCGCUUCGAAGCAGCGCCGACCUCUCCGCCUUCUAUAGUUGCAGCUUUGAAGGCUACCAAGACACCUUAUAUACUUACUCCCUUCGUCAAUUCUACAGAGACUGCGACAUCUAUGGAACCGUCGACUUCAUCUUCGGUAAUGCCGCGGUUGUUUUCCAGAACUGCAACAUUUACCCGCGACUGCCCAUACUCGGGCAAGCCGACACAAUCACCGCACAAGGAAGAUCAGAUCCAAACCAAAACACCGGUACAUCAAUACACAAUUGCAACAUUAAGGCAGCCGAAGAUCUGGGGACUACGAAGACGUAUCUUGGACGACCGUGGAAGAUGUAUUCAAGAACUGUUUACAUGCAAUCCUUUAUGGAUAGUUUGAUUGAUCCUGCAGGGUGGGAUCAAUGGACUGGUAAUUUUGCACUUAGUACCCUGUAUUAUGCUGAAUUUAGCAACAGAGGGCCUGGAUCAGAUACCUCGCAAAGGGUUACAUGGCCUGGAUACCAUAUUAUAGAUGCAACUGUUGCUGUUAACUUCACUGUGUCGAAUUUCAUUCAAGGGCAAUCCUGGUUGCCUUCAACAGGAGUGCCUUUUGAUGCUGCUUUGCUCUGAAAAUAUAUUGUACUUUCUUUCCAUCACCUUGAUCAUUGUUGAUUAAUCAAUUUGCUCUAUGUAUCUUUUCUUUUAAUUUGAUGAAGUGUUUUCUUGCACCCUUUAAUUUGUUUUCAUUACUACUUAAUAAUUCUAAUUAUGUCAA